UAUAAAAGCCAUCGGUCGCCCAGCUGCGCAGUUCAAGUGCAAGGUAAAGGCACCUGUUCAGGGACGGAAUCGGAAUCCUCGACUAUGUGCUUCUACCGGAUUUUGGUGAUAUGUCUUCUGGGCUCCCUAGUGCCCUCGAUAUUGGCUUUCAAGAGCUGCGGACCGGAAAAGCACUGCGUUCCAUACGAGCAGUGCAACGAGGGCUUGCUGGUGGACGGAAAGUUCUAUCAGGAUCGCAGUAGAACGAUUUUGGACGAGAACUGUCAUUAUAUGGAAAAGUGCUGCAAUAUUCACGAUACACUCCCGACACCGGAAGUUCCUGAGGAGGUGAUGAGCUGCCCGUGCGGAGGCCGACAUGAUCUCUGGUACUACCUUCGACCGCUGGGAUAUAAACAGCAGGAGGCCAGGUUCGGGGAGUUUCCCUGGCUGGUGGCGGUCUACGGGGCGGAUGCCUAUCUCUGCAGCGGGGCACUUAUCACUCCGCUGGCGGUGCUCACCACGGCACACUGUGUCCAAAAUACGGACUCGGCGAAGGUUCGUGUGUUGGCCGGGGAAUGGGAUGCCGCCGUGGAGCUGGAGCCCCAGCCGCACCAGGAAAGAUCGGUGGUUGAGCUAUUAGUGCAUCCCAAUUACACUCAAAUGCCACUCGCCCACAACAUAGCGAUCCUUCUGGUGGACAAGGAGAAACCGUUCCAACUGUCUUCUAAUGUGCAGCCCAUCUGCCUGCCGCCUCCGCGAAUGUUGUACAACUACAGCCAGUGCUAUGUGUCCGGUUGGCAGAGAGGCGAUUUUGGGGGAUCGGCGAUCCUGCCCAAGCGUUGGACCCUCUACGUCCUGCCACCCAAUCAAUGCAGGACCAAGUUGCGACUGUCCCUUUUGGGGCGACGCCACGCCCACAAUGACAGCCUUCUGUGUGCCGGUGGCGACAAGGGCGACUUCGUCUGCGGUGAUGUGGACAUGACCGCAGUGCCGCUGAUGUGUCCUCUUUCCGGCCACAGUGAUCGGUUCCUCCUGGCCGGUCUCCUGGCGCGGACAGCUCGCUGCGAUGGCCCGCAACUUCUUGGAAUUUACACGAAUGUCAAGUUGUACCGGCAGUGGAUAGAUCUGAAGCUACGGGAACGCAAUCUUGAUAUACGCCACUACAUGGUGUAAUCGGAUUCUUGAGGAAUCAAUGCUACAUAUGCAAAAUGAAACAAAAAGCUCAUAUAAAUUUAAGAAACGUA